CCUCUGGGCGCGGAGUCGAGCGCUUUCUAUCGAGCAUCCGGGCGGCGUGUGUAUCCAGCUGUCCGAGAGUGCGCGGGGUGCCGCCGUUUAGACUAGCUUGCUUGGACGCUUGCAGCAGCAGUGGCUGUUGUACCGGCAAGAGCUGCUCGCUCGCUCGCGUGCGUCUGGCUGUAACUGUGCGUGUUCCACAUCCCGCUUUUUCUGUAAUUAUUAUAAUCGUGCCGGUGUUCGCUCUUCCCCGUGGUCUCACAGUGGUCGUGGUGGUGGUGGUGAAGCGACUCCGUGCCCGAGACUGAACGAGUGAACGAGACGUUGUGACGAGGCUGUCGCCUCCUGUGGUUUGUCUUUCGCACUCCCGCACGUCAGUCCGCUCGCGCCCUCCUCGAAGAUGAUGAGGAGGCUGGAAGCCGCGUUCCUUGGCCGUAAGGAACAUCACAUCAGCACUGAGAGGACGCCGGAGCGAUGGGGAGAUCAGCGUGCCAAGCGGGAGAUGGAGCUGCGGCGGCUGCUGCACCAGGUGCGCUGCUGGUUGCGGGUCAUGUUUGUGCUCGCCAACAACCUGUACUGUAUCCCUACCUACCUGGCGUGGAUGUGGGUGAUCUUCUAUCCGCUGCGUGUGCUCCUGCCACCUCUGUACUGGGCCAUCGAGCGCCAGCUAUUUCGGCUUCUCCUCCUCAUGGUCUCGUUUUGGAGCUGGAGUGCCGAGUACUAUGUGGACGAAGUUGGGGAGGACGUGAGCGAGUGCUACGGUGACCGUACACUAGUCCUCGUCAACCACCAGUCCACGGCCGAUGUGCCACUGCUCAUGGCCUCCUUUCAAGGAAAGCGCUCUGUCACCGAGCACCUCAUGUGGAUCAUGGACCGCCUGUUCAAGUACACAAACUUUGGUGCCGUCUCCAUGACCCACGGUGACUUCUUCAUCACACAGGGCAAGGACACACGCAACAUCCAGUUAAAACGACUCAGGGACCACAUUUCAGAGGUGUACCUUCGCCGGGGGCUCAAAUGGAUCGUCCUCUUCCCCGAAGGUGGCUUCCUGCACAAGCGGCGUGCCACCAGCCAGCGGUAUGCCAGGGCCAAUGGCUACCCCAUCCUGGAGCACGUGACACUGCCACGUGUGGGGGCUAUGAAGACAGUCCUUGAGUCACUCACGGCAGAGAACCUCGCCAAGACUCACAAGGGAGAGGAACCACUCAAGUGGGUGGUGGACAUCACUGUCGGCUACCCGGACAUAGGCAAGCCCCUGGACUUGUUCGUCAUCUCGGGUGGUUUCUGGAAGCAGUGUGUUGUCCACAUGCACUAUCGGCGUUUUCCCAUUGCGGAGCUGCCCAUCAAUGACUCCGAGGCCCUGACAAAAUGGCUGUACGACCGGUGGGCGGAGAAGGAGGACCUCUUGGACAUCUUCUACCGCACGGGGCGCUUCCCGGGGCGGCUCCAUCAGGGCAGCGGGGAAGACAGCGGCAAGAGCCUCGCUCCUCUGCGCGAGACACCCCUGCGCGUCGACUUCAACAUCGUCUGGAUUGUGCUUGUGCAUGCCUUCUUCAUCAUGUCGACGCUGUUCCACGUGGCCCUGUUCCGCUGGCUCGCCUCGCUCGUGCCGUUGCCGUUCUGGUGACAGUUCCUCGCUGCGAUGACGGGAACGGAGAGUGCGAAGCUGCUGUGGUGCGGAUUUCUGUGUAGUUGCACUGCGCGGCAGGUGUUUUUGCGGAGCGGCCUCAAAGGCGGGCAAGGUCAUCCUCUUUAGGCUCUCGAAAACAUGUGCUCCCUGCUCCCUUGAAGGCUUGAUUUCUCUGGAGUGGGGAUGUUGGAGAAGCGUUUGCGUCUGGUUGUGAAGGAAGAAGCUCUUCUUCUUGAGAGGGGUGGAGCUCUUUCACGGUUGAAGGUUCUUGGAACGCCCCGAUUACAAGUCGAAAACAUGUUGUGUGGGGUCCGAGGCUGACUGCCUGUGUGUGAGUGUGCCUGUGUGUGUGUCGGGCGAUCCUGUGAGAAAGACAUAAGGAAAGACGGUUGAUGUCUGAAAAAGCUUUGCCGUAGAGUGCUUUCCGCUAAAUGGAAACCAGAGGAGAUGCCGGGAAUUUGGCGUGAGGAAGUUGAAGCCGAUGCUUCAUAUUGCGCUGAGCUGUUUCCACAUUUCAGAAGGAAACAAAUAAGUAUAUCUUAGAAAGGGCACAGAAGGGGCCUGGAAAACUGGGAGACAUUCCUUGCUGCUGAUUGGAGACGGGAAGCAGUGAGGAAGGCAUGAGGAAAGUCCACGAAAAUGUUCGCUUAACCUGGGACCAGCAAAUUCAAACCAGCACAUGCUGCCAAACUUGGCUCAGAGCCUCAGGAAUGCCUGGCAGAAACAUUAGAAACUAUAUUCAGUGCCGAGUCAUAUAAAUAUGGGCUCAUGCUACAGUCUGUCAAUAUGUCAUACUAAAUGCGUUUGCAAGAAAAUGUUGUCAUGAUAUAUAUGUACAUGGAAGUAAAUUGCAUGGCAGACAACAUAAGCUUAGUUUUUUAUAGGUUGUUGUAUUAAGAAGGCUUAGUCCAAACUACAAUGUUGCAAGCACACCAUAAAAUCUCGUAUAUAAUUUGAGCGUCAGUGUAAGCAUUACAUGGGGCAGUUCUGGUGUGAUUAAAGACAAUAUCUAAUCCGCAUAUCUUGAAGACCAAAAAGAAAGAUUUAAAUGACAUAUGCCGAUCAGGCAAUAUUACUGACGCAAACCUGCACGUUUUCAGCCACAGUGGCAGCUUCUAGUUAUGCCAGAAAAAGAAAAUGCAGCAACUGCUCACCAGAACUCGAUUGCUGGUCAGCUGUCUUGACUGUAAUUGAGUAAAUUGAGCCAACUCAUACCAGUUCAACGUGAAGCCUAACUGCACACCUAAUUUCUCAGCUAAGUUGAAGCUAUGUGUAACUUGGCAGCCGGUAAUUGCUGACUGCUUUCACUUGUAGCCUAAAUUAUCAGUCACUGGAUUGUUGCACAGAAAAUAAUUUAACUUCUAUUAUGCUUUGUUCUUGUCAAAACUCCUUUCAUUUAGCUUUGUUUAGCUCUAAUGGUUCUAGCACUUGUGCCUCUGCUGUCGCUCUUGCAUAGAGCUGCAGUGAAUUUUGCAACUGGCGGGAAUUUCACCGGCAGAUGGCAGCAAUUUUGUCAGAGCAAUUUCUUCAAUGCUUUGUGGCGCAGCCAUUCAUGGAGUGGUUCACUGCCCUGAGGCAGCCAUGAAUGAAGAUGCUCGUUAAUUGAAAAAUGCUCAUUUUGCUUCUGAUAAGGAAUGCCAUGGGUUUGAUUUUUGAGUGAAACCUCAAAUCAGUUUGGAAAUCAAGCAUGUAAAGUCAUUAGGAUCUCAAAAAUCAGAUGCAGAUUCAAGUAGCCUAAAUCCGAAUACAAACCUCGCACUGUAUGCAGGUAUUUAUAACAUCUAUAAUAUUCUGGCGCCAGCUUUAAGCUUUUGAAAAUAUUUCAGGUAACAACCCCAUCUGGCCCUCGCAAGUCCAGCGGAGCGAUUCAUUAGUGGGAGCUCACAGGAAUUUACUUGAGGACUGGUAGGAAAGCAUCCACACUCAUGACAGUGCUCUUGCAAUGCACUUGCCAGUUAAUCAGCUUCUGGGAGGCCGCCAAAUAUAGCUGGAGCACCCAAGUUUCUUGUGAAGCUCACUGAUUCUAUUCAAGCUCUUUUCAGGGUAAAAGAAAAAGUUUGAAAAAGAAUAAACGACAACUCUGCUACGGAGGGUGAGAUUGAAAGGCUUAUUUUUCCCCUUGCGAGUACAUUCGGUUGCAAGCUUUGAAAUAAAACACUAUAUUUCUCAUUUGAUAACGCAUUUGUAUUGCAGUGGACAAAAUUUGUUGAAUACACAAUACUCUGCCACGGAGCAGAGACUUUAUGAAAGUAAAGAAGAACAUCUCACCUGACUCAGCAUCACUGACGGCAAUUUCAGGUAGCUAAGCCCUGUGCGACGUGCUCACCAUCAUGCUACAGGAGUGCGACUCUGCAGCAACAAGCCCGCCUUGAUGUAGUCCACGAAAACGUCCAGGACAAUUGAUGACUGUGGCCAGACUGUGUCCAUGUGAUGACUCUGUGACUCCGUUCGUCAGGACCGUUCUCUUGCGGCCGUGCCACGGAGGCAAACAGUUUGGACGCCCGCAGUGACGGAACUAGAGUUCGACAGAUGUGCUGCUGCUGUCUUGAGCUACCAGGUGUCCUGGCAUGCUUGGCUUCAGUGCUUGAUCAUCUGUUUUGAGCUCGCAGAAAUGUGAUGAUUUGACGCUGGUGCCUGAUGACCAAGGGAUCUCGUGCUGUACUUCGGCGAGGUGUGAAUUAUGAAGGUUUGCCUGGGCAAGAGAGAGGUACAGUUUAUUGGGCUGUGAUCGAUGUUGGAGACGUUUAGCCGUUACUUUCAGUUUGUUUGUCACAAGGAAAUUUCAGAGCGCUGUGGACUGAAUUCUUGCAUUUUGACAAGCCCAAGUUUUCCUUUCUCUGGCGGUGUCGGAGAUUCGAGUGUUGCGGCUUGAGCAUUUUGAGUUUCAGAGGCAGGAAGCUUUUAUCGUGGGAGUGAAACACGCACAGGUGUUGGCUGAGGUGUAAUCAUAGCAAAUUGUGUCGGCUGUUGCAUUGGUCUGUCGAGUUUUGUUUUCUGCACACUGUGGUGGACAAUCUGACGCAAUUUGCUAGCAUGUCAGGAGCACUGCUUUUUAGUUAGUGCAGUACCUAAUCGUUGGCCACAAAGAUAACGCAGCACUUUGUUUUUUGUUCUUUUGUUGUUAAUAAGGAACUUUGAUGCUGGGAGACACAUACCCAGACUUACCAUCAUUCUCAGUUCUUUAAAAAAAAUAGCAUUUAAACAUUGUUUUUGCUGUAAUGAAAACAUUAGCUUGCAGUUAUCGAGGUGCAGCCUCGUCAAUCUUGGAAUGAGUGCCAUGUCUUUUAUUCUAGCCAUUUUCUCACUGCAACGGCUUGAUAUUCAAUUUUUGUGCUGGUCACGCUAGUGAGCUCAUGUUAUUUGGUUUGUACAGUCAACCGUCGUCAGUGCUGAUUGCCUCUUCAUGGGUGUUCAUGAAGGACUUUUUUUUUCUCGUCAAGACCAAAUUGUGGAGUGUAUCAGUGGCUCCCCAGCCUAUGUAACAUAGCCGCUUUCAUUAAAAUGGAGAGAUUUGUUACUGCUGUGGGUAAGAAACAGGACAAGCGUGAAUGCAGUUGUAGCUGACCUAUAUGAGAGCACCAGUGCAUCUAAGAGAUAGUCAAUCAGAGCUGGUUGCAAAAUUGAUGAGAUAAAAGUAUCCAGUUCGCACAAGGCGGUAGACAAGGCCAAGGACGCUUGCCAAUAGUCUGUGCAAGGCAGUGUAGUGCAAGUGUAUGUGCAGUACGUCAAAAUGACCAGUUCGUGGUGCUUUAGCAUGUAUAGGGCCUCUAGCGUUCACUUUGAGUAGUUUAGCAGGAUUCUUCAUCACUCUUAUGAAUGGUGGCACUGUAGCAUGCACUUUAAUGGCCAGAAAGUUAACCCUGAAGUGGUCUGUGCAGAAACGGCCGCAGCCUGUGGCUCAAGGUUUCAGUAGAUGCAGUUCCGUGCAGCGUCUUUUUCAAGCUCGCACCUUACGGGGAGCUUUCAUCGUACAGCAAAUGAACAACAAAGCUGGGCUUAUUGGUAUAAAUGCUGCGAUUCAUAAUUUAACAGUGCUAAAAACAAGUAAGAAGCUUUUAAGGCUACUGGGACCUGUUGUGCUUGUUAGUCUGGUGGGGAUGCCAUUCAUUAUUAGUGAAGAGAAACUCGGGUGAGGUUUGGUGGAAGGUAUCCAUAUUUGGGACUGUGCUUUUGCUGUGCACUUACAAACAAAUCGAUCAGCUAUUGAGAGAGUACACCAGGUGUAACCAGAGCUAUUAUACCUGGGCGAGAGUGAGGUAAGGUUCUUUGGGCUGUGAUUAUACUGAGUGUUUCAGUGAACACUUUCAAAAAUUUUUGAAGGUUGCCUGUGGCAGAUAGCACAAUUCUAGUUCAUGGGCUGGUCUGCUCGAAGAGGUGGACAUUACUUGCACAGAAAAUUGAAAUGCAUAACCUGAAGAAUUAACAAAAAUUUACUAAUUAAUGUUAUAACUAAUUACCUUAUGGCCCAUAUUGCAAUUUACAAAUUCCUGCCGUGGAGUUCGCAAGGCAGAUCCACUUGGAAUGAAUUCUCAGGAUGACAUUUGUUUCGAGAUAUGAAUUCCCAAACUUUGUGGAGGAAUGGAUUCGCGUUCCAGUUAUUUUCUUAACAAAACGUCAUUUUAUGCAUUGAAGUACAAAAGUAACUGGUAUGCCAAUGGAUUUCUCCGCAAAGUUCAGGAAUUAAUAUUUUGAAACUGGUGUCAUCCUGAGAAUUCGUUCCAAGUAGAUUCGCCUUGCGAACUCCACGUCUAGAAUUUGUAAAUUGCAAUGUUGUAAACUGCAAUAAGGUAAUUAGCUAAAAACUUAAUUAGUGAAUUUUCUAUUCGGUUAUGCAUUUCAAUUUUUUGUGCAAGUAAUUUCCGCCUCUUUGAGGAGACCAGCUCGUGAACUAGAAUUGUGCUAUCUGCCACAGGCACCCUUUAAGCGUUUUUUAAUGUGUUCACUGAAACACCCGGUAUAGUAGCAUAUGUGAGUAUGGGAGAAAACACAUGGGACAGUCAUCCCAUGUGCGUAUUGCUGUCGCUUCUUUGUUUAUAGCACCGGUGAAGUAUGGAUUGCGAUACUUUGAACAAGAGAGUGAGAUUCCCAGCAAGGCCUGUGUUGUUGCCACAGGUUGGCAUACGGAUUGCUCACAAGUGUCACAAGAUGCAUUUUUUGCCAUCAGCUCCAGCAUUCUACGAUGAGCAAUUUUCAGGUUGCCCAUGAGUGACUUGUUUCGGGUGUGCUCUUGCAAACUUGCAGUGAAAGUGGUCCUGUAAAUGAAUUGCACCAUUGGAGCACGCCUAUCUUGACUGGCGCUAGCUCCAUCACUUCUGGCUAGGGUAAAAGUAUGCACCAUGAAAUUGCACAGUGACCACCAUGCUCGGCGACCACUGAGAAGUUGUGGCUGGAAAAAACUGCACACAGUUUCGAGUCAUAUCUAGGGUAGAAUUUUCCCAAGCUUGGCACUCUUCACAAUUAUCACCCUUCAAGGUGUAUUCUUGCCACGCAAUAAUUGUCGAUGUGUGUGUUUGCUUCAUUGUUGCAUGCCUAGCACUUUCAUGUCAGGAACCUAGGUCCCUAGGUAUUAGCGCGUAAAGACCUAGGUACCAGGUAUCCUAGGGGUCAGAGGCCUAGGUAUUUAGUACCCAGGUCCUUAGGUGCGGAAUGCAAAGGUACAAGUGCGAAGUCGCUGAGCAUGCAGUGUGAAGAAACCAAAUGAACAGAGGAUUCACUACGAUUAUCACUUUGUGGCAAAGUUACACCUAAAGGGUGUGCAGUGUAGACACGCAUGCAGGGAGAGCUACACAGUCAUGUCCUUACCGAGGUUGCAGAAGUGAACUGUGCUUCAGUGAACUAGGUUUGCAAACAGAAUUAUGUUCUCGAGUGUAAAACAAGGGAAUGAAAUGCUGAUUGAAACCGUCGAUUUCCUUUUGCACUUGCACUCUGCAGUGCCUGUUGACUUCUCAUGAUUUGACUGCCACCGUAUGUCUUGUUGGUAUUCAACAAAAGUUUGUUACAUUUUAUUGCUACGGUAUUGCUGUAAAUAUAAAUGCGUAUUUUUUUUCUUUUUACUGUAUGCUGCAUAAAUAUGUUACUUUCGUACAGAGAGUGCAUAAAAUUCCUCAAAUUGUG